AUGAAAUAUCAGGAAAAAGAUGAGCACGAAAGAAGGCAUCAGAACGAUGAUAGGGAUUAUGGCUCAAUGAGAAAAAUCUUCCGAAACAGUUACAAAAAAAUAUUGUGGCCACUGAACCUUGGGAUUCACGAUGUUGAAGAUAAAAAUUUAAAAAAAUGCUUGUGCCUAAUUGUUACUAAUAUACCAGUUGACUGGACAAAGCUGGACAUUACAUGGUUUUUUAGAGAAUAUUUUUACAAGCUAGCCAUUGACAGAAAUAUCGAAUUCCCGCUAAUCGAACAAGUGUAUUUGAUAAAAAACGAACCUUCCGCUAUUUUGGCGUGUCACGACUCGGUGUCUAGGCAGACAAUUGAGAACCUGUCCAACUGCACCCUCAGAAGUGUUAAGAAUAAAAAGAAAAUUACGCUGAACAUACAGCCGUAUUAUAAGGAAGAGGUGGCCGAGAGGGAGAAAGGGAAAGAUAAGAAUAGGGAGGGAAAAAAUGAGAGUGAUAAUGAGGGAAACAGGGAAAGCAAUCCAGAAGAAAAAGAAGACAAGAAUGAAGAUGAAGAAGGAAAUGGGGAGUACACCCAGGGAGAGAGUGAAGGUACUGAGGAAGGGAGACGCAAAAGUGAAAAGGAAAUGCCGAGCGACGAUGAAGGUAAAAAAAUAAACAGGAUGAGAAAGCGUUCCGUGACCCCGCCAAGAAAAAAUGGAAUGGAAUGGCCAAAGGAUCUGGAGCUAAGGAACUGCAGCGAUAUAGAAUUGCGGAGAAAACUGUGCGUUUUCGGAAGAUAUAAGCCACUGCAUUGGGGGGUGAAAGAAUUGACUACAUUUCUCAAGUACUAUUUUGAUACCUUAAAAAGAGAUCAUGAAAAAUUUGAAAUUCCAGAAAUAAGUUACAUAUGGGCAGAUAAGGGAACUCACUUAGUUACUUUUGCAUGCAAAAAUGAAAAAUCGAGAUUCAACAUGCUGUUAGUAAGGGCCUGCUACCUAAAUGAAGAUGAUGCAAAAAAUAAUAUAAAGAAUGCACUAAGAGUAUGGAUACAGUUUGAAAAAUGGACCCCAUAUAAGAACCCCCCAAAUGGAAAAUAUAAAAAUUAUAAAAUGCCAAGAAGUGAUUUUAACAAAUAUUCCUACCAACAUGAUCACAACAUAGAUAAAGGUAGUUAUACACGGAGCUACAGGAACCCUCCGUAUGAUGAUUACCCAAAACAUAGAAAUGGUUCUUACAGAUAUAAUGGAAAUGGACAUAGAAAAAUCACUCCCCCUUCAAAUUAUUAUCAUAAUAAUGCUGAUGAUAGAGGUCGAAGAAAUUAUGACCAUGGGAAAAAUUCCUAUGGGAAUAGAUCUCCUUCUCCUCCUCCACCAUCACAUUACAACAAAUAUAAGAAAAAAUACUCCCGUUCUCCCACCCCUAGAAAUUAUUAUAAAAAGAAAUUGAAAAGAUCCAGGUCGCAUGAUACACGCAAGGAGGAAAUCAAUUCCCACGGGCGUAAAAAUAAGAGCAAGGCAUACCAUUAG